CCUGCACUGCGGCCUUUCCCGCGCGGGCAACCUCGGUUCCCCGGCUUACAGCGCGGCCUCUCCUACCGCCGCUGGAGCCGCCGCCGUCAUGGGUUUCCUGAAACUGAUUGAGAUCGAGAACUUUAAAUCGUACAAGGGUCGACAGAUUAUCGGACCAUUUCAGAGGUUCACCGCCAUCAUUGGACCCAAUGGCUCUGGUAAGUCAAAUCUCAUGGAUGCCAUCAGCUUUGUGCUAGGUGAAAAAACCAGCAACCUGAGAGUAAAGACCCUGCGGGACCUGAUCCAUGGAGCUCCUGUGGGCAAACCAGCUGCCAACCGGGCCUUUGUCAGCAUGGUCUACUCUGAGGAGGGUGCUGAGGAUCGCACCUUUGCUCGUGUCAUUGUAGGAGGUUCUUCUGAAUACAAGAUCAACAACAAAGUGGUGCAGCUACAUGAGUACAGUGAGGAAUUAGAGAAAUUGGGCAUUCUCAUCAAAGCUCGUAACUUCCUUGUCUUUCAGGGUGCUGUGGAAUCUAUUGCCAUGAAGAACCCCAAAGAAAGGACAGCUCUAUUUGAAGAGAUCAGUCGCUCUGGGGAGCUGGCCCAGGAGUAUGAUAAGCGAAAGAAGGAAAUGGUGAAGGCUGAAGAGGACACACAAUUUAAUUACCAUCGCAAGAAAAACAUUGCAGCUGAACGAAAGGAGGCCAAACAGGAGAAAGAAGAGGCGGACCGCUACCAGCGCCUGAAAGACGAGGUGGUGCGAGCUCAGGUACAGCUGCAACUCUUUAAGCUUUACCACAAUGAAGUAGAAAUUGAGAAACUCAACAAGGAACUGGCCUCAAAGAACAAAGAGAUUGAGAAAGACAAGAAGCGAAUGGACAAGGUAGAGGAUGAGCUGAAGGAGAAGAAGAAGGAGCUGGGCAAAAUGAUGCGGGAGCAGCAGCAGAUCGAGAAGGAGAUCAAGGAGAAGGACUCAGAGCUGAAUCAGAAGCGACCUCAGUACAUCAAAGCCAAGGAGAAUACCUCCCACAAAAUCAAGAAGCUGGAAGCAGCUAAGAAGUCUCUGCAGAAUGCUCAGAAGCACUAUAAGAAGCGUAAAGGUGACAUGGAUGAACUGGAGAAGGAGAUGCUUUCGGUGGAGAAGGCCCGGCAGGAGUUUGAAGAACGAAUGGAAGAGGAGAGUCAGAGUCAGGGCAGAGACUUGACCCUGGAGGAGAAUCAGGUAAAGAAAUACCACCGGCUGAAAGAAGAAGCCAGCAAGAGAGCAGCCACUUUAGCCCAGGAGCUGGAGAAGUUCAAUCGAGAUCAGAAAGCUGACCAGGACCGUUUGGAUCUGGAAGAGCGGAAGAAAGUAGAGACAGAGGCCAAGAUCAAGCAGAAAUUACGAGAGAUUGAAGAGAAUCAGAAGCGGAUUGAAAAGCUGGAGGAAUACAUCACUACUAGCAAGCAGUCCCUAGAGGAGCAGAAGAAGCUAGAGGGAGAAUUGACUGAGGAGGUGGAGAUGGCCAAGCGACGAAUUGAUGAGAUUAAUAAGGAGCUGAAUCAGGUGAUGGAGCAAUUGGGGGAUGCACGCAUUGACCGCCAGGAAAGCAGCCGUCAGCAGAGAAAGGCAGAGAUAAUGGAAAGCAUCAAGCGCCUUUACCCUGGCUCUGUGUAUGGUCGCCUCAUUGACCUCUGUCAGCCCACACAAAAGAAGUACCAGAUUGCUGUGACCAAGGUUUUGGGCAAGAACAUGGAUGCCAUUAUUGUAGACUCAGAGAAGACAGGCCGGGAUUGUAUUCAAUAUAUCAAGGAGCAGCGUGGGGAGCCUGAGACUUUUUUGCCUCUUGACUACCUGGAGGUGAAACCUACGGAUGAAAAACUCCGGGAGCUGAAAGGGGCCAAGCUAGUGAUUGAUGUGAUUCGCUAUGAGCCACCUCACAUCAAAAAAGCCCUGCAGUAUGCUUGUGGCAAUGCCCUUGUCUGUGACAAUGUGGAAGAUGCCCGCCGCAUUGCCUUUGGAGGCCAUCAGCGCCACAAGACAGUGGCACUGGAUGGGACCCUGUUCCAGAAGUCAGGAGUCAUCUCUGGUGGAGCCAGUGACCUGAAAGCCAAGGCACGGCGCUGGGAUGAGAAAGCAGUAGACAAAUUAAAAGAGAAGAAGGAGCGGUUGACAGAGGAGCUGAAAGAGCAAAUGAAGGCAAAGCGGAAAGAGGCAGAGCUGCGUCAGGUGCAGUCUCAGGCCCAUGGAUUGCAGAUGCGACUCAAGUACUCACAGAGUGACCUAGAACAAACCAAAACACGACAUCUGGCGCUAAAUCUCCAGGAAAAGUCCAAGCUGGAGAGUGAGCUGGCCAACUUCGGGCCUCGCAUUAAUGAUAUCAAGAGGAUUAUCCAGAGCCGAGAGAGAGAAAUGAAGGACUUGAAAGAGAAGAUGAACCAGGUAGAAGAUGAGGUGUUUGAAGAGUUUUGUCGGGAGAUUGGUGUGCGCAACAUCCGGGAGUUUGAGGAAGAGAAGGUGAAGCGACAGAAUGAAAUUGCCAAGAAGCGUUUGGAGUUUGAAAAUCAGAAGACUCGCUUGGGCAUCCAGUUGGAUUUUGAAAAGAACCAGCUGAAGGAGGACCAGGAUAAAGUACACAUGUGGGAACAGACAGUGAAAAAGGAUGAAAAUGAGAUAGAAAAACUCAAGAAGGAGGAACAAAGACACAUGAAGAUCAUAGAUGAGACCAUGGCCCAACUACAAGACCUGAAGAAUCAGCACCUGGCCAAGAAGUCAGAAGUGAAUGACAAGAAUCAUGAGAUGGAAGAGAUUCGGAAGAAACUGGGGGGUGCCAACAAGGAAAUGACCCACUUACAGAAGGAGGUGACAGCCAUUGAAACCAAGCUUGAACAGAAGCGCAGUGAUCGCCACAACUUGCUACAGGCCUGCAAGAUGCAGGACAUCAAGUUGCCUCUGUCAAAGGGCACCAUGGAUGAUAUUAGUCAGGAAGAGGGUAGCUCCCAAGGGGAGGAGUCAGUGAGUGGUUCUCAGAGAACUUCCAGUAUCUAUGCACGAGAAGCCCUCAUUGAGAUUGACUACGGUGACCUGUGUGAGGAUCUGAAGGAUGCCCAGGCUGAGGAGGAGAUCAAGCAAGAAAUGAACACACUGCAGCAAAAGCUGAAUGAGCAGCAGAGUGUGCUUCAGCGGAUUGCUGCCCCCAACAUGAAGGCCAUGGAAAAGCUGGAAAGUGUACGAGACAAGUUCCAGGAGACUUCAGAUGAAUUUGAGGCAGCCCGAAAGCGAGCAAAGAAGGCCAAACAGGCUUUUGAACAGAUUAAGAAGGAGCGCUUUGACCGUUUCAAUGCUUGUUUUGAAUCUGUGGCUACUAACAUUGAUGAGAUCUACAAGGCUCUGUCCCGUAACAGCAGUGCCCAGGCAUUCCUGGGCCCUGAGAACCCUGAGGAGCCCUACUUGGAUGGUAUCAACUAUAAUUGUGUGGCUCCUGGCAAACGCUUCCGGCCUAUGGACAACUUGUCAGGCGGGGAGAAGACAGUGGCAGCUCUGGCCCUGCUCUUUGCCAUCCACAGCUACAAGCCAGCCCCCUUCUUCGUCCUGGAUGAGAUCGAUGCUGCCUUGGAUAACACCAACAUUGGCAAGGUGGCAAAUUAUAUCAAGGAGCAGUCGACUUGCAACUUCCAGGCCAUUGUCAUCUCUCUCAAGGAGGAGUUCUACACCAAGGCUGAGAGCCUCAUUGGAGUCUAUCCUGAGCAAGGGGACUGUGUGAUCAGCAAAGUCCUGACCUUCGACCUCACCAAGUACCCAGAUGCCAACCCCAACCCCAAUGAGCAGUAGCAGUAGUUCUGCCCUCCCGUCCUGUCUGGAUUCCUAAACUGCCCCUCUCCCAAUCUGAAUAUUUGGCACCCAACUUUCCCCUCCCUCCUGGCCCUGUUUGGUGUAGUCAUGGGAUUUAGGCACUGCUAUCAAGCACGAAGAGGAACAGAGGUGAUAUUAGGUCUGGAGCAAAAAUUCCUGAGCUACAGGGAGCAUCCUGGCCUCUGGAAGGAGGUGCUGAGCUGAGCUGAACUGAGCUGAACAGGGCCAUCUGUCCAUACCACCCACUCCCAGACUGUCCCCCCAUCACCCAUAAUCAUGGGUCCCUUGGGCUCCUGGCCCACUGAGUGUGUGGGUAUGUAUGUGUGCUUAUGUAUGUUUGCCUGUGUGCAUGUGGGUGUGUUUGCAAAAUAAUAAAAAAUAUUGGAGACCUGUUUUAGAAGAAGCCUAGGCUGAAUUUGAUUCCAAGAGACCUUAGGAUGACAGCACCCAGAGCUGGGCAAAGGUACUCGGGAUCUCAUAGGAGUCUUAGGCAGUCACUGGAAACUGCCCUCAUUUGCUCAUUCAUAUUAUAUUCAUCAGAUACAUACUGAACACCCUCUAUUUGUCAGGCUCUCCUUAGAUUACUGAGUUUAAAUUAGACAUGAUCUGUAUCCCAGUAAGGAGAUGUAGUGGAUUCAUGAAUUAUAGUGAUUAGCCAAAUGUUCAAUUUGAGAAGAGGAUGAUCACCUCCAGGUUUCCUGGAGAAGAUCAUGUUUGAGCUGGACCUUGACAGAUUGGUAGGAUUUGGUCAGGCACUAGAAGCAAAGCAUGGGCUCUAGGGACAGACAAUUAUGGGUUCUGGUCCCACUUUUUAUCACUUAGUAGUUGUUUGACAUUGGGCAAGUUAUUUUACCAUUUUACCUUUCUGUGCCUCAGUUCCCUCAUCUGUAAAAUGGGGCUAACAAUAUUACCUACCUCAUAGGAUUUAAUGAUGUCAAGCUCCUCACUGGAGGUAUUAUCCAUGUGUGGAGCCAACUAGGUGCCGACCCCUCAGAAUACAAGCCUUCUCAUGCCUGGACCCUUGAGGGCUUCUGAUCCUGGCUUUUAGGGACAGAAGGAACCUCCAAAUCUUGGAGGUGCUCUGGUUAAUGAGAAAGUUCCAGGGAAAUGAUGGGGUUUACCUAGUAAGUGAAAGGCCCGAGAAAGCCUAUAGCUUCAACCAUGUAUAACUGGGUGCUUGGGCCCCAAUUUGGGUUGUGAGGAACUAGGAGGAGAGGUAACCUGGGCCUAAUAUGUGAGAAUCCUGUUGGGACCUAACCUCAUUAGGUGUAAGGACUGUAAAGGCAACAAAGCCUGAUGCAAUGAGUUCAGCCUUCACUCAUUCACAUACAUCAUCAUACUUGUCUUAUCCUGAUCCAUGUUAUUGCUUUUCUGUUUUUAAAAAGUUAAAUCAACUGAAGGUGUAGUUCAUUGGUAGAGCACAUGCUUAGCAUGUGCAGGGCCCUAGGUUCAAGUCCUAGCUGCCCCCCACCAGAGUUCUAACUACACGAAUAAUGCAUGAAUCCAUUCUCUUUAAGAAAUUAGAUUGUUACAGAUAAAGGUAGCCUCAUUCAACUACAACUACUCCCCCUCCUACUCUUUCCCCUCUUAACUGCUGUUAGGUUUAUUACGCUUCCAUCUAGACUUUAAUAUUUUACAUACAUAUAUGAAUUUGCUGAAAAUAUCAUGUCUAAUGCAAAUGGUAUAUUGAAUUGUUCUUCAGUUUGCUUUCUUUGCUUAACAGUGUUUUUGAAAGCUACACAUUGCUAAGUGUAGAUCAAUCCACCCUCUGUAAUUGCUGUAUAGAUUGCCAUCAUAUGACUCUACCACAUUUUAUUUACCCAUUUCUCUUGUGAUGGACAUUAAGACUUUUUUAAAUUUUAUUAUUACAAAAUACUACAUAGGAGUAUCCCUGUAUCUGUGUGAAAGUGUGUCUGUGUGUCUGAAAGUUUACCUGGGUUGAUUCCUAGAAGUGGAAUUGCAGAGUCAUAGGAUAUUUAUAUAUUUGUUUCUGAUAGAUAUUUCCAAAUUACCCUCCUGUACUAUUUACUCAGUAUUUUUCGUGAGGUGAUUGAGGUCUAACAUUGUUAUCUACAUCAGUUUCAUUCUAAGUAGUGAUAUCCAUGAAGUCAGCAGUUCGAUGUGCUAAUUAUGUAUUUUUCUAAUACGUAUUAAAAGGCAUGACAUCUAAACAAAAAAAAAUUGUCUGUGUUCAACCAAAGAAAUCACAUACCACCAGUGGUAUAUGUGCCAUAAUUUGGCUAAUGCUGGCACAGUUUGGGGAUCAGACCUGGUUCAAAUCCUAGCUGUAGAAACUUGGGCAAGUUACAUCCUCACUGAACCUCAGUUUCCUCAUUCUAUAAAAGGAGAUAAAUAGGACUUAUAGAUGGGUAGCUCAGUGGUAGAGCUCUUGCCUAACAUGUAUAAGACCUGGGGUUUGAUUCACAGCCCUGACCAAAAAAUAAAAGGAGAUAAACACCUACCUUGCAGCAGUGAAGGAAGAUUAUGUGAAUAUAUUUGAAGCAAUUUAGCUGGCAUAUCUAGAUUACCACAACUUUUUAAAGGUAGUGGUUGCUAUUCUCCCUGCUUUACAGAUGAGAAAACUGAGACCCUAAAAGGGUUUGUGAUCCACUUAUCAGAUAGCAGUGCGAGCUUGAAACCAGGUCUUCCAAUUCAUUCUAGUGCUUUUUCUACUAUAAAGGUGAUUAUCAACUUUGGCUGUACAUCAGAAUUAAUUAUUUGUGAAGCUUUUCCUUUUCCCUUUUUAAAAAUCAAAGCAACAUAUACACAGGUGAAAAUAGUACAGAAGGGCUUUAAUGAAAAGCAGCAGCUCCCUGCUGCACCCCCACAUCCAAAGGAUUGUGGAACUCUUUAAAAAUAAAUCGGUCUGGUCCCGCCUCUGGAAAUCUGAUUCAGUAGGUGUGGAGAAUAACCUGGAUAACUAGUCCCUACCUUUCAAGAUAUAAAGGGCUAAGGCCUUGACACAUAAGUGCUACAAAGGAUCUUCAAAGACUUAGGUCCAAAGGGCAGGUGAGAUGACUUGUCCAAGAUUCCAGUGGUUUAGUGACAGAGCCCAGAGUUCCACUUGGAUCUUAGUGCUUGCCUGCUGCUCUUUCCUCUUGUGCCCCACCACUUCCUGUCACUGCAAGGCAGCAAAAGUCAGUGAAGGCUGUGCUCAGAGGAGGUGUGUUUCUAAGCAAGCUGGAUCCAAGUAGAAUCUCUAGGGCUUGUUGGAGGAACCAAGUUGACUCCUUUAUACCCUGGAACCAUUUGCCUUGGUUUAAGGAGUUGAGAGUACUCCACAACAAUAUCUUCCUUUAAUUAUGUGCUUCACUCUGGGAAUGAUAGUAUGGUAUACCAGGAACACAAAGAUGAGUCAAAUCAUUUUUCUGCCUUUGAGGAGUUCGCUUUCUAGUUGGGGAAGUAAUUCAUACGAUGGCCAUUAACCAUAUGGUGAUCAGUUCUCUGACAGAAUCACAGGAGGGACAUCUAGCUUGGAUAGAUUCAGGGAAGGCAUCCUCUAGGGGGUGACACCUGAACUGAGACUUGAGGGACUGGUUGGCAUUAGGUAGUUGAGAAAGAAAAAGGGAAUUCCAGGUAGUGGAAACAGUAUGUAUGCACAAAGACCUGAAGGCAAGAAAUAGCAAAGCAAUUCAGGAAUACUGAAGAAUAAAGAUCCCUGGGGUAAAGGAAAAACAACAAGGAAAGCUAGGGGUAGUCAGGAAGCAUAAUGGAAGAGGGUUGUAGGCCUGGCUAGAGUUUGGUGGGACAGUGUGGUUUCCAUACUGUCUGUACACAGGAAACCUACAGGCCAUUCUGGGUCCCAACCUCUAAACAGUUUCAGCAAUUUAGUUUUCGUUAAUGCUUUUAAAGGUCACAUGACCAGCAUGCUGCAGAUUUGGGACCCAUAGCUUGAAGGCAGUGGGAUAAACACAAAACUGGUUUUAAGCAGAGGGUACUCUAGAUAUGAAUUAACUUGUUUCUGGCCAGCCAGCCAGGGUGAAAAUGGGUUAGAUAGUCAUAGUGGAUGCAUGUAAGUUUCCCUGUUAUUCAACUUCUUGCACUGUAUUUGCUUUUUUUUUUUUUUUUUAAGCGGUGCUGGGGAUUGAACCCAGGGCCUUGUGCUUGCAAAGCAAGCACUCUACCAACAGAGCUAUAUCCCCAGCCCUAUAUUUGCUUAUUUUGUCUCUGAAUAACAUGUACAUCCCUUACAGAAAGCAUGGUACCUGACAAAACAGGCACCUAAUAAAAUAUUUGAAUGAAUGAAUGCAUGAACGAAUGCAUUUGUGAGAAGAGAAUGGAGACAGGGAGAUUAGUUAGGCGAAAAGACCAGGAAGCCUGUUGUAGGGCAAGGGCAAUAGGAAUAGAUUGGAAGUGAUAAGAUGUGAGCUGUUCAAAUGAUGAACUGGACUAGGUGACUGAUUAUUGGAUGUGGAGGGUGAUUGAGAGGAUAGAAUGAGUACCCACAAAUAGCCAAGAUUCCUACCCUAUCCCAGUUGUCUCCUCAUCCAUCUGAAUUAGAAUCUCCUUCCAGCCUCCUCAGCACCUGGAGCUCCUCCCUUGAUCAGUUCAACAUUCUGUGUGCUGUGUGGUCUCUCACUUCUCCCACCCCAGCCAUUGAUUCAUUCAUUCAGUUCAAUAAGUCUUGGCUAAGCACCUCCUAUGUACAGUGAGGCUCCUUCAAGCCAGGACUCUGACUCCCUCUUUCCUAUCUCAAGAGAUGUUUUUGAGGGCUUUCCCAGGUAAGACUCAUAUCCCUUAUCCAAUAACAUAGAUGCCCAAAAUGUUGACCUGCAUGGGAACUGAGAGACUCCCCAACCCCUUCCUGAGGCCCUUGGAGGGGAAUAAGGUCCCACUAUUAGAAAGAGUUGGAGCCAGAUCUGGAACCCAAGUUCCUUUUGCACAUCACCUCUAGAGCCUCAGUCUUGAUCUAUAUCAUUGCAGAUCAGGACCAGCAGAGGUGGUCAGGGAGAAGGUGGGACUUAGGUUGAGCCAUGAAGGACAAUGUACUGUACAGGCUGAACAAGAUGCUUUCCAAUUACACUGCCCCCUUUUGGAAGCCCUCAUCAAACCUGCCAUGCCCUCAGUCAUUUCUAAGAGGUUUCUUUAGCAAAAGUUGUCAUGCUCUGUACCAUGUGACCUCACAGACCUGGCCAAAGAUGGCUAGAUUUGGAUAGUACCUGACUCAAGACAGCCAAUCUCUAGGCUAGCCAGAAGCCUAUUAGGUGGACUUGGUGUAAGGAUUCCACCUCAUAGAGGUGGUGUGUUUCUAAUGGAAAAUGCAUGAAACAAUCAGAUCUUUAAGGGAGACUGAAUAUGAGGUGUUAAGAAGUGAACAAUUAAUUAGAAUUUAAUGAGGCAGAAGUGGUGGAUGAGGGGUAGCCAGAAACUAAAUAGCAAAAGCAAAGAGAAAGCUUCAAAAGUCAUAAGCCAUGAGAUAUUUGUAUCAUGAGAUCAUGGAGCCACAAGAUAACAGAAGCCAUGAAGCAGCAAGGCAACAAUGGGCCAAAAGGAUGUAGAAGCCAUGAAACAAUAGGACCCACAGUGUCGCAAGAGCCAUGAAGAACGGAACACAUGAGUCAAAAUUGAUCAUGUGAGAUCCAUGAAGCAGCAGAAGGCUUGAAGAGACAAGAUCCAAGAAGCAGCAGAAGCGAUGAGACUGCAAGAGCCACAAAGUAGCUGGAACCACAUGGCAGCAAGGCAACAGAAAUGGAAGAGACAGCAGGAGUUACAGUGCAGGCAGAAGCUACAGCAGAGAAGUCACGGAUUAAUAGGAACUGAAGCCCCAAGAGCCUCGGAGCUGCAGGAGCUGGGAGGCAGCAGAAGCCAUGGGCUAGCAAUGAGGGGAGCAGAAAGAAGUUAGUCAGUAGCAGUAGGAGGAGUAUAAAUACAGCCAGAAAGUAGUUGAGUCACCAUUUUGGGAAACACUAGAGAAGGGAGCAACAGAUGCCUGCAGCUGAGGGGGUGACAAGAUAAGCCAGGCUCUAGAGCUGCUUUGGAUCAUAAACCAUUUUCAAGUUUCUGUUCUUCAGCGAGGCUGCCUGUGUAACUGUUCUUGUCUUCCUUAUUUCCCUGUGAAUGCUUUAAUAAAUCCCAAUCACUAACCUGA